UAUAUUUCUAACCAAUGUGCAGAACACUUUGUGUUCAGCGUUUGAGAUUUUCCACCAUAAUAUCUGGGAUUUCUUUGGAUGCUGUGGAUCUGAUGCAGCUCACAUCUGAGAGUUCAUUUCUGUGAUCUUUAUAAGGAUUAAAGCAGGAGAAGACAGAAUUCCCAUUCAAAAGUCCUACCACAGAAUCCACAAUGGCCAGUUAUUUUGCACGCUUCAAAAACUUAUUCACCCACCGUGGUGUGGCCAACAACAACAUCGCUGGUCCACAAGGUGUGGAGAUGGGUGAGGCUGAUUUAGAGAAGAAGGACAAGAAUAAAAUGUCUUUCUACAAUGCACUAGACCCUGUACCAAAGCUGGACUUCUAUGCCAAAGACACAUUGACGGGACGCAUGAAGAGUAUCAGACCAUCAUUGGAGGUUCUUCGCAAACCACCAGAAGGUGAUGAUCUUCCACCACCACCAGAAGAUGAUGGAAGACCCAAAGUCAAACUUGUUCGCUUUGGAUGGGUCCUUGGAGUUAUGAUUCGCUGUAUGUUGAACAUCUGGGGAGUCAUCAUGUACCUACGACUGCCAUGGAUUACAUCUCAAGCAGGAAUCAUUCUGACCUAUGUGAUUAUCUUCAUGUCUAUUAUUGUGACAACGAUCACAGCAACGUCAAUAUCUGCAAUCUCUACUAAUGGGAAAAUCUACUCUGGUGGCACAUACUUUAUGAUCUCUCGGAGUCUUGGUCCUGAGUUGGGAGCACCCAUCGGCCUGCUCUUCGCGUUCGCCAAUGCUCUUGCCUGUGCGCUUCACACAGUGGGGUUUUCUGAGACCGUCAGAGAUGUUCUAAAAAACAACCAUGCUCAGAUGGUGGAUGAUGUAAAUGAUGUGAGAAUCAUAGGUGCAAUUACUGUUGUCAUUCUACUCUGCAUCACAUUUGCUGGCAUGAGUUGGGAGGCUAAGGCACAGAUUCUGUUCUUUAUUGCAAUAAUGCUGUCCUUAAUCAAUUAUUUUGUGGGAACUUUCAUUCCACCCACCAAAGAGAAGCAGGCUGUGGGAUUCUUUGGCUACCGAAGUGAGAUUUUCUUUGACAACCUGCUACCUUCCUUCCGAGGCAAAGAUGGUUAUUUCUUUAGGAUGUUUGCCAUUUUCUUCCCUGCUUCCACUGGAAUUCUGUCUGGAGUCAACAUCUGUGGAGAUCUGAAGGAUCCAAUGGGUGGAAUUCCUAAAGGAACACUCCUGGCUAUAUUAUGGACCACCUUGAGCUACUUAAUAAUCUCAGUCACAGUUGCCUCGACUGUUGUUAGAGACGCUUCUGGCAAUAUUAAUGACAGUUUAGCAUUAAAUACUUCAAAAAUCUGCCAUGGUCUCGGCUGUAAACUGGGCUGGGAUUUUGACAGGUGUGAACAGAACCGCACCUGUACCUAUGGACUGGCAAACAACUUUCAGAUUCUUACCAUGGUUUCAGCAUCUGGGUAUUUGAUCAUAAUCGGGAUUUUUGCUGCCACCCUGUCUUCAGCACUGGGUUUCUUGGUGUCUGCCCCCAAAAUCUUUCAGCGCUUGUGUAAAGAUAACAUCUACCCUUAUAUCGGCUUCUUCGCGAAAGGUUACGGGAAAAACAACGAGCCUCUGCGUGCCUAUGUCCUCAUGUUUUCUAUUGCUAUGGCUUUCAUCCUUAUUGGUGAUCUGAACACAAUCGCUCCUCUGAUCUCCAACUUCUUCCUCUGUUCAUACGGUCUCAUCAACUUCAGCUGCUUUCACGCAUCUGUCAUCCAAUCCCCUGGCUGGAGGCCGUUAUAUCAUUGGUUCACUCCCUGGACGUCUCUGUUUGGAACAUGUCUGUCUUUUCUGCUCAUGUUUCUGUUUACAUGGUGGGCCGCUCUUGUGAUUUCCUCGAUUGUCCUCUGCCUCAUAGCAUACGUUGCUUAUACAAAACCUAAGGUGAACUGGGGUUCAUCUUACCAGGCGGGAGCCUAUAAUAUGGCUCUGUCCUUCUCAAUGUUUCUGUCAGGGACAGAGGACCAUGUCAAGAACUACAGGCCUCAGUGUCUGGUUUUGACCGGUCCACCAAAUGUACGCCCAGCCCUGGUGGACUUUGUGGGCACUAUCACUAAGAACAUCAGUCUGAUGAUCUGUGGAAACAUUAUCAUGGAGGAUGAGAAGCCAACCUUGCCCACUCACAGUUCAGAUAUGAUGGUAGACUGGCUGAAUAAAAGGAAAGUUCGUGCUUUUUAUACAACAUUUACUGCUGAAAGUCUGAAGGAGGGUGCGCACCAUCUUAUGCAGGCAUCUGGUCUUGGUAAAUUGAAGCCAAACACUCUCGUUUUGGGAUAUAAGACAAACUGGCAGGAAUGUAAACCUGAGAGUUUAGAAGACUAUGUCCACACAAUCUACGAUGCCUUUGACUCUAACUAUGCCAUUUCUGUUCUAAAAAUAGUGGAUGGAUUAGAUGUUACUGAUAUUUUGCAGAGUUCAGCAGGUGGACUGCCGUCAAUGGUGAAUCCAGCAUUUGAUGCAGA